UUCAUUUUUACUUCAUUGUCUUUAUUUGAUUGAUGCCAAAAUUGGGGGUACAUGACACGUAUUAAACAAUUUGCUCAAUGUCACCACAUUUGUCGCCUUUCAUAUAAACAUCAUUCCCGUUGGUGUACAUGCAAUUAAAACAUCCUGUCCAAUAUGUUCACUCUCCUUGGCUUCGCACUGUUAGAAUCACUCAACUGUAAAAUUUGCACUCUAGUAGCUUGUAGUUCAAUGAAAUAUAAGAACGAGCAUCGGAUUGAGUCGAGGCAUCAUUUGUCAAUCCAUCGUUCGUUCUCUAGAUCAACUUAACUUAUCAGCUGGUUCAUCAUGAAGAUUUUCAUCACCAUCAUUGCGCUAACCCUUGCGGUUGCAACUCAAGCUUCUUAUAUCUCGGAGGCGCCGCACCCGUCCUGGCCAGUAAGUACCUCCGUGUGGCCUUCAUACGGUGUCUACGGUAAAGGACUGUACAACAACGCUUGGCAACACGCCAACUCUGCCGCAUGGAAUGCACACUCCUACGUCAACUCCUGGUCUCCAGCGUGGUCCCAGUACAAUGGCUACGACAACGGAUUGUACGGACACAAUGUUAACGUAUUGAAGUCCACUUACCCAUGGGGACAGCCCUGGGGAACGUACGGAAAUGGCGGAGUCUAUGGAUGGGGACACCACGGUGGCUACCUGUCGUCGGUUCCAGUGUCGAAGCAAAUUGCUGUUACUCCUGGUUCGGUCCAUGUUGCCCCAGUUCCAGUUGGUGGAGAGAAACUGAUCGUGGCUUAAAUAUGUGGAAGUCUCAAUAAAACUUACUGUA